AUGGCUACGCUCGCGGCGGACGAUUCUCCCGCAGCGUUCAGUUCGCCGGAACGGGCGGCAAUUUUAGCGAUGCUCGAGGAGUUCACGGACGCGCUGGCCAUUUACCACAACACGUUGAAAAAGCCGACGAAACACGAUAACGAUAUACCCGUGGACGAUACGAGCUGCUUGGACGCGUCCAGUUCGAGAGAGAUCGAGGAUGCGAAAGAACGAGCCGCCUCUGUGAAAGUUUACGAGAACAGCUUGUAUAUAAGAAGGAUCAUGGAGGAGCUGAAAGAGGAGAUUCGCGAUCGAGGAACUUUUGAAGUAGUAACGAGAGAGAUAGAGACGAUCCUUGCUGGCGAGAAAGAAGAGGAGGCACUGUUAACUGAACAGAAGAGACUCGGAGAAGCCGCGGCAGAAUUGCAGAGGAUAAUCGAGGAGGAGAGCCUGGCGAAUGAGAAGGAGAGGAGGAGACUGUUGAUGGAACUCGCGGAGGAACAGCGUAGCGUAGAAAAACUGAAAUUAAUCGCGGACGCCGAGGUGAAGUACGUUGGCGAGUGGGAGAGAGCGAGGUACGAGCAGAUCUCGCUGCGCUGCGACAUGGAGAUAAAAAAAUUCGAGAAGAUAUUAAACGACUGCCGUGUGCGUGAGAGAAACGAGGAGCGCGUGCACGACGCGCUCGCCAACUUCCUGAUCCAAGAAACAACGACACUUGAAGGGACAAGGAAAGAAUGGGAGGAACGAUACGCUCGUGAGAAAGAGGUGUACGAGAAGGAGAUCCGGCAGCUGCGUAUUGAGAUAGAGGCACGUCGAAAGGAGUUGGAUGAUCUUAAAGAAGAGUAUCACCGUAAUCAAGAGUUCAUAGACGCGUAUCUGAAGGAGAAGGAGACGGUCAGAAUGGCGAAAGAGGUGCAGGAGCGUAUGGAAAAAAGCGCGAUCAAGAUUGAGGCUUGGUGGCGAGGUGUUAUGGUACGUAGGAAGUUGGGCCCGUAUCGACCGGUGGAGAAAAAGAAGAAGCGACAGUCUAAGACGAAGAAAUAA